CACCAUAAUUUGCAAGGACUAUCUCGAACAUCUUUUUUUUAAAUACAGACUGUAAGCAAAACUGAUUGUUUUCUGAACUAUUGAAGUGUUAUUCCGAUCAGUAACGUCUCCAAACAGGCAUUUAAUCUCUUUAAAACGUCCUCUCUUUUGUUUUAGAGGCUGAAUAGAGCGAGCAGACUGGUUGUUAGUCAUGCUAGCCUGCCUGCCAAUCUGCAGGUCUGUCCACCGAUGGGAUCAAGGCUCUGAAGGGAUUAAUCACCGCAACCUUGCCAGCAAGCUCCCCCUGCUCUAUAGAUCGAUUACAUAACCGUGAUAUUGCUCUGACCUACAAUGAAUAGGUUACACCUUCAGUGCACUAUGGACAGUGGCAUUGUUGAGGAAGUUUGUCAACACGCCUGAUACAGAAGCUCUUAUUGGUGUGCGUCGCCGCUGCUGCUGAGCUGGACACAUUUCUCGUUUUCUUCCUCCUCCUCCUCCUCCUCGCGUUUCUGCAGGAAAAUAAGCAGCCAAGGCUGCGAAAGUUGCGCCCACUUUCGGUUGCGCACUCGGGAAAAGUCGUCUCCGUUCCAGUCUCUGCAGAGCAUCCAGAGAGGUUUCAUGGGAAGGAUAAGGCUAUUCUCUAUUCUCAGCUUGAACAAAUACUCGUCCAGAGAUGGUUCUUCAACGGAUUUUUCGCGUUGUCAUCAUGGGACCUCCGGGGUCGGGGAAGGGAACCGUGUCUGCGCGCAUAGCCAAAACUUUUGGACUGAAACACAUUUCUAGUGGGGACAUUUUGAGAGCCAACAUAAAAGCUCAAACCGAGCUCGGUCUGUUGAUGAAGUCCUGUAUUGAUCAGGGUCAGCUGGUACCCGAUGAUGUCAUGUCUCGUCUCAUCCUGAGUGACCUGAGAGCGAUGGACCAGAGCAGCUGGCUGAUUGACGGUUUCCCUCGCACAGUAUCCCAGUCGGAAGCUCUGGAUGACGCCUACAGUGUGGACACAGUCAUCAACCUCAACAUACCUUUCCAGACCAUCAAACAGAGGCUCUCCUCCCGCUGGACUCACCUGCUCAGCGGCAGAGUCUACAACGUAGAUUUCAACCCCCCUAAAGUCCCUGGUUUCGAUGAUGUGACGGGGGAGCCUCUGGUCCAGAGGGACGAUGACACACCAGAGACGGUCACGCGGAGACUGAAGGCCUAUCAAACCCAGACAGAGCCUGUCCUAGAGUACUACAGGAGUAAAGGCAUACUAGAGAUCUUCUCCGGGACAGAAACCAACAAGAUCUGGCCGCACGUCGAGGCUUUCCUCCACAGAAAGCUCUCCCCCGUCAAACAGAAGGUUGCAUAGAAAGCCUGAACGGACUGGGGGGGCGAGAAGGGUUCACGUUUACUGGCAGAAACCACUCCGUCUAAUCAGCUGCCACUUUCUGUGAAACAAGAGGAGAGCCAUCGGUGUAAUAAUAUAUUCUGAAUGUCCAUGAGGAGGACCAAGCUCAUGUCAGGAAGUGAAAGUAAGAUUGCACAUGUUGUUGGAGAAAAAGCCACCGUUGCACUGGUUCCACAACGUUGCUGAAAUUAGUUUGGGAAACUCUCAGAAGGUGUGCAAGCGAUCAUUUAAAUAUGAAUUGUUAGUUUAAAUAUUGUCUCUUUAUUAAUCAAUGUGCCUUAAAGCCAGGAGACUUCACUGAAUCAACUAUCAAGGUGUUUAACAGUAGAAUAUCAAGGUGUAUUUCACAAGAUAUGUUUGAUUUUUAGGUUUAGUAAUCGCAACAAUUUCUUUUCCUAGUUGAUGGCAAUGAUAGAACGGGCCCAAGCAAUAAGACAUGUUGAGCUAAAUAAGAGACGUUCCUGCUUUUGCCCUGAGGAAUCCUUUGAAAGCAAUAUUAAAUGGGCUUUUUGCCCGACCAUCACAAAUGUGUGCAUAACGUGGGACCGUUUCUUGUGCAGUGUGUAAUUACUAAAGGGAAUUGAGUCAUGUUAUACAAAUUACUGUAGGUUCCCUUUUGCACUCGAGGGCUUUCUGCUGCCUUUGAAAGGCAACAGGUAGCUCAGUCAAUGUAGUUUGUAGAUACUUUUCAUGAAUAAUGUGUAAACCACACUCAUUAUAUUGAAUAUUUUUUAAUCAAACCAUCAUUGUGUAACAGCUUCUUUCAACCACCAUAAGUCUUAAUUGCGUUGCCUCUGAAAUACACAAUGUUUCCAUUUCAACCAGGCGCUCCUUGCUCUGACGAAGUCUAUAAAUGUAUACUGAUAUUUGCCAUUUAAUGUGACUUGACAACUGAAAACUUGAUGUAAAAAAAAAAAAAUGUAUUAACUUAAAACAUUUAAAGCAGUUUGUACAGGGCUUUCUUAUUGUUCGACGAUAUCGCAGCAAACAAAGUUGAUCUGCAGUUGUGCGUUUGCACUCGAGUCUUAAGAAUGUGUCACCGUGUUAAAAGCCACAGAAAUGCUUACUUGCCUUUUUAAAUAUACUGUAGAAUGUUUCCUGAAUUGUACAUUACACUGAAUUGUAUAUCUUAAACACUUGAAUACAACAUUUAAAAGCACAACUGUGUCAUGAGUAUUUAUUAUAAGUCACAAUAAACUUCUGAUACUAGUAACUGUAUGUAAUAUAUUAUUGUACACCAGAAUAAUACGACUGAGUAACUUCAGUCAUUCAUUUAAUUUUGACACAUCUGGCCCUAAAGCAGACAGUUAAAAGACGCCUACUCCACCGAGUCUGCAUUAUCGAUCAGACUGUUCUUUUGUUGGUGCCUACAUUACCAACAAUGCAACUUGACAGCAGACAGUCGGUUGGAGAUCUGGGUGUGUUAUUGCUAGUUUAUGAAGGCUUGAGCCAUUAGUCCCAAGCAGAGAUGAGGAGCGAGCUGCAGCGGUCUGGUACACUCGCUUCUUUCUAAACCCACACAUU